AUGGCCGCCAACGCUUUGAUUGUGGCCGCCAAUGCAAUGAAUGUGGUAGCUAGCAAUGAAUGUGGUAGCGGUGGUAUUAAAAUGAAUGGAACAUGUGACGAGUGUCAUGUAUUCGAGAGCGACAUAAUACAUCCAGAGCAGUUGGGAGGAGAGGAAGAGAUCCAUGCAAAUGAACAUGAUGAUAAUUUGGUCGGCGAGGCAGAGGAAGCAGUCGGU